UACCAGUAUAAUAAUCGUCCUCUAAUUUCUUCCGGAGUUUAUUUAAUUUACUUUAUUUAUUUUUUCCGCCUAUUAACAAGCUCAUCACAGAGGAAUAAAAUUUAUGAUUUUAUCUCUCUUCUAAGCCUCGGCGAACCUUUUGUUUAUUAUUUUAUCCUUCCUUAUGACAUUGACUUUGUAGUCAAUGCUUCUACUAUCUGUAAUCACUGAGCAAAGGUUGUCACUGCGCUAUUUAUUGCAUGAAAAUUAUUAAUUUCUAUUAUAAUUAAUCAUAUUUACCAUGUCAGUAACAAAUAAAAAAGUGUUUGUUACUGUAGGUACUACAAAAUUUGAUGAAUUAAUCAGAACAGCACUCUGUUUAGAAGUUUUAGAAGCAUUGUCAUCAAGAGGAUAUAAUGAAAUGAUUUUACAAAUUGGCAAAACUUUAUUUGUGCCUGAUUGUACACCAUGUUGUGGUUUUGUAAACAUAGAAUACUUUAACUUAAGUGUAAACAUUAAUGAUUAUGUAGAAAAUGCAGAUCUUAUUAUAAGUCAUGCAGGGGCUGGAAGCAUACUUGAUGCAUUAGAAAAUAGAAAGAACUUAAUUGUUGUUGCAAAUGAAAAUUUGAUGGGCAACCAUCAAUUAGAAUUAGCUGAGCAACUGUAUCAAGACAAACAUUUAUAUUAUUGUACCUGUGAAACGUUAUUGAAUACUAUACAAAUAAUGGAUUUUACAAAAUUAAGACCAUUUGUUAAUGAUAAAAGUAAACGUAUCGCCGAAUUUAUAGAUAAAAUAAUGGGAUUUUCAGUAACGAAAAACUUUUGAAGGGUUAAUUGAUGUCAUUUGAUAUAUUUUAGUUUUUACAAGUUACAAUAUAAGUAUAUAACAGUUUGAGUUGUUUGUUAUAACAGAUAUAGCUUUGAUAUAAUUUACAACAAUAGUAAGAAUUACUUAAAUAACUGUUUCUUAAAAUUAUGGUGUAAUAGCAUAGAAAAAUUUAUAAUUUGCAAGUUAAAAAAAAAAUGACGAAUAACAACGGCAGUUAUUGUUAAAUAUUUUUUUACAUAUUAUCUUUGGACGUUUGCUGUCGUUAAAAUAAAAGCUAUAUCGGUAAAAGUAUUUUUUGAACACUGUACAGUGUUAAAAUAAAUUCAGUCCUUCAAAAAAUCUUCUUGUUACUUUAUAAGUUUAAUAUCUUUAGGAAUGAAGUAGA